ACUCUUUACUCCCGAUAAAAAUGAGCUCACACGGUAAAGAAAGUGAAGGUGGCAGUAUUUACGAGAAAUUCAAGCAGAACACUCAGAAAAUAUUCAAUGAGGAUAGCUUCAAGCAGGGCCUCGACAAGGGAUACCAGAUGCUUAAUGAGAGACAGAUUUCAAAAUAAUAGUAAUAGGAGACAUGACAAUAAGGAUCCUAGAAAUUACUCUGAAGUCAAGCCCAAGUCGAGGAAUAACGAAAAUGAGUUAGAUGAUGCUAUAAAUACCCGAGUGGAAAGUAUGAUCAGCCAUCCGAGUGGCUCAUUUAACUCCUCUUUACAGAAAUCGGGAUUGAAGAUAAAGCUUUCCCCAAAGAAAAAUUCAGGGAACCCGAUUAAGUUGGAUAAGAAUUUAAAAAGUAUUGAGAAAAGAAUCCUACAGAAGAUGAAGAACAAGAAUAACCCAUCAAGUCCUCCUCCUUUGAUGAAGAUGCCUUCUAUUGAAAGAACAAAUUCUCCUAAUUUUAUGCAAUCAAGUUCUGGCUGAAUUAGAGAUAGCCAAUACUCGAACAAGCAGAUGAAAAACAGUCGAUACAAGGACAUAGAUGAUCAAGAUAGCACCAUCAUGAAUCUGGCUAAGUCUAAGCUUAACCAGAGGCUUGAAAAGAGCAAGAUGUCUCAGUCUAUCAGACAAACUGUAGCUGGAUCUUUCAGACCUAAUGAUCCAGAUUCUAUUAUGAAUAGCAUUCAAGUGCCAAAGCCAAUGAAUGACCAUCACUCAGAAUACGACAUGUACAAUAGCUAUGGUUCUAGUAACGGCUUUGGAGACGAGAAGAGACUCAGCAAUAAGAUGAUGUACAAAAUAAAGGCUUCAUUUAAAUACCGUGAUGAGGUUGAAACUGCUGAAACAGAUUCCUUUUUCUCAAGCAAGUUCAGCAAAUUUAACGUUCCUCCCAAUGGAGAUGGAAGACCUAUUAUCAAACCGAACAAAAAUAUGGUAGAAGGAAUGAAGAAGAUGCAUGGAAAUGGUGGAUCAGGCCCAACCAACUUCCCCAAUAUCUCUAAGAAAGUGCCUGAUUGCAACAAUGGAAGUCUUCCUUCCAUUAAAUAA